AUGACCACACUCACGAUGGUGACGUGCCGUCUGCUGUACGCCCUGCUGGUGCUCGCCCUGUGCUGCUGCCCGUCCGUGUGCGUGACAGCAAGUGAUAAGCAGGAAACUACCACUACGACUACCACAACAAAGCCACCAACUACGACGACCACGACAACAACAAAGCCACCAACUACGACGACCACGACAACAACAAAGCCACCAACUACGACGACCACGACAACAACAAAGCCACCAACUACGACGAUCACGACAACCACGACCACCACGACCACCACGACCACGACCACAACCACGACCACUGCGCCGGAGGCACCAAGCAUUACGACUACAGAGGCGCCAAAUACGACGACCACCCGUGCGCCGUCAAGUAUUCGCAGAAUUGACGGCAGCCUCGGCAGCUCUGCGUGGGCGUGUGCCCCGCUGCUUCUCGCCGCAUCCGCGCUGGCGUACACCAUUCUGGGCUGA